AUGAACGUUUCAAUAGCGGCGUCCGAAGCAGCCGAGCGACGAGAGGCGAAACUGAGGGAGCUUAUAGCGGAGCAGAUGGCGCAAGUGGAGGAGGAGGAGAAGCCGUACAGAUUCGUGGACGGACGGAAGUACUAUCUAGAUGAGCUGGACAUCCCGGGAUUCCUGGACGGAUCCCGGUAUCUACGGCCGUCCGAUCCGGAAACUUACAAUCCGGCGGUUUUCCUGUGGAAAAAGAUUGGUGACAUUCCCGAGGAGAGGCGCCAUAGACUGCUGGACCUGCUCAAACCCCAUCACUUCACGCUGAUGUGGGAUGCGGCCGGAAAUCGCUUUCAGCUGGAGCAGGAAGAUGGGGAGGAAGGUGCGGACCCGGUGACGUCAGCAGGCGGGAUGCUGCCUGACGUUGCCACGUCAGCACCGCUGCAGUCAGAAAUAUGGGAUGGGAGAGUGACUGGAGUUCCAGGUCCCCUCUCAUGGCUUGCGCGAUUUCAAAAGACAUUCUUUGUUGGUGCUGAUGGGCUGCGCUAUGGUCGAGUCAUCUCAGGUGGCCCUCUCUUUACUGGCCUCUCCAAUGUAAUCACACCCUUGUACUUUCGCAUCCGGGCGGCAACGCAUGUCCUCGCAACAGACGAGCCGUGUGAUCUAUCAUUUGACUACGAAUCCGGGCAGCUGCACCUGAAAGAUUCCGGGCUGCCCGAAGGCUUCCCUGACCCUCGUCCCCACCCACCCAUAUUCGACGAUGAUUUCAGGGAGUACGUGAGGGCAGCGGGGCCAGGGGUGAUAGUGGGGCAGUCAUGGCAGGAGGGGCAGAGAGGGGGACCCCACCUGCCCAUAUAUAACGACGAUUUCAGGGAUUACGUGAGGGCAGCGGGGCUGUUGGUGAUAGUGGGGCAGUCAUGA